CAGCCUCAUGCAUGUGAAGAACACCUUACCGUACUUACUAUCCUGACUGCUCCAGUUGCCAAUACAACCUCCUGUCACGGGUAUCUUGUAACCGUCCACUCACAACUCUUUUUGGCGUUUCCCUAUCGACGACAGACAACCCGCAUGGUCGCGAGAUCUUAGCCACGAUGGUCACAACCUCAGGCUUCUCGCACACGCCGGUGUCGCGAUUCCUAAUUCUCGGCAGCGUCUGCAGCAGCAUACUCGUGGCGAUCCUUGACAUCAAACACCUCGUCCCGAUCAAGCCAAGUCCUCACCUCUGGCCGUACCUACAGUUCUCACGGCUGCUGACAUUCCAACUUGCAUACACAUCGUCGACGGAACUCUUGUUUUCCGUGGUGCUACUGUACCAGUUCCGCGUGCUCGAGCGACUCUGGGGCAGUCGCAAGUACGCGAGCUUCGUCACGGUCUGUUUCUGGCUAAGCGUUGUGCUGGUGCCGGGCCUGUGCCUGCUCCUUAAAACCGCCUCCCUGGGCGUCUACAACUAUAUCCCGGCCGGCUUGACCGCCGUGGUAUUUGCCGCUCUAAGUGCUUGGAGAGAAGAAGUUCCGCGACUAUACCGAUAUAAAAUCGUUACAGGUGGCCCUAAACCAACAACAACCUCGCCAUCGUCGUCAUCUUCUGACGACGCAUCUUCCUCGGCACCACAAGCCCAAACACAAACACAACAGCUUCCCGGGAUCACACUGAGCGAUAAAUCCACCACAUACCUCCUCGCGGCGCAGUUGGCACUGAGCCAAUUUCCUUAUCAGUUGAUCCCGGCUGCGGUGGGCUGGGUCGUGGGCAGUGCGUGGAUGGGAGAAUUGUUGCCCGGCAGGCUGAAUACAUGGCGAGUACCGGCCUGGAUGGUCGGCGAGACAAGCAAGACCAAGCAUCGCGGUCAGUUUGAAGGGCUGCGCAGGAGAUUGGAAGAAGAAGGCAGCUCGGCCGACGGAAUGAGGAAUGUCAGUGACAAUGUACAUCAGCAGCAGGGGGCACAAGAUGAUACACGACGAGGAUUUGGGAGACAGAUCCUCGGAUACUUUACCGGCUCCUGAAUGUCGUCAGUGAUAAUGUCUUCAUGACACUGGUGCAGUGUCGAGACGUAAUAAGGGCGACUACGCUACGGCGAGCACUACUGGCAGCAGCACCAACAUACCAGUGACUUCGAGCACUCGGCUUUCAAUCUGGUUAUCAUACUUGUUUGCCUUAUAUAAGGUACAUCAUUCACAUGAGCGCUGGAUCUAGCUUCCUUCAAGGCAGGACCGACGGUGACUACGACGAUUGCUGAAUCGUGAUUCAAGGCUACGCUAAGCUCAGAUAUGCACUCAACCAAGCUAUGUUUAAGGCUUAUCGGGGGAUCGAAUUUGUCAACAUGGCUUCAUCUCCUUACGAGGCUUCUAUCUCCACAGGGUCCACAGGUAUGGUAUCCCAUGAGGAGCACCAGUCCUCAUCUUGCUCACUGUGAACUUGGAGAGCUUGGAAAAUAGAGGCAGCCAUGCGAGGUUCAAGUUGCAAAAUGGUCGGCCCUGUCAAAGGAGUAUAAUGCACUCGGUUGCCGUAUCCGGUCCGCCAGGAAAUCCAGGCCGAGCCCUGACAGCUCAGCCUCGUCCCUAUGCACGGAAGCAUUGUGGUGGCCGUACUGCGGUUUCGUGGUCACUAUUGCAAAUGCAACUCCAGAUAGAUCGUGUCGAUACUGCUGGGGUCUCUGUCAGUUGCAGCGCCGCAUCCACGAGAAUGUUGGAUCGCCUACAUCUGUCCAUUCUUGGAACCGACCCCCUUCAACCUACCUACUUCUUCAAAUCCCCAUCUCAAAUACCAGUCUCGAAGUGCCAACCCGCUGUUCGGAGCGCUCUCGUCAACCGACAUGACUGCAAUGACCUUUUUGAUGUCAAACUCUACCACAUUGUCUUCGUGUCCAACCUCCUUGGUGGCAUGUUUUGUGGUUCGAAGCAUUUGGAGCAGCUGUUGAAUCAUCUGGCUACCAACACCCUUGUUCGUAUGCUGCGGAUGGCAGAAGAGGCUGAUCUCAACAGUGUGCCCAUAACCUAGCAUAUAACCACGAAACGCGGCCGCAUAGGUGUAUCCGACCACUUGACCUCCGUCACCGACGGCCACUAAGUAUGGAAGGUUGCGGGAAGCGAUUUCUUGAAAGCGUUGCUCAAUAUAAUCCGGGGGUGGCCGCUGGACCAUGAAUGAUACGAUGGUAUUCAGAACAUAAUGCUCAAAAAUGGCCCGGACCUGGGGCAGGUCUGCCUCAGUGGCUGGUCGAACUGUGACAGCCAUGAUCUAAGUGUCGGGGAUGCCAGAUCGCUCGAAGAGCCAAAGUCUGUUGUUGUUGACGAGCUCUGAAUGCUGGACCUUAUCCUCGUUGAAAGUAUUGUACAUGUAGCGAGCAGAGCAUCAACAAGCACUGGUGCAUUGUCCAGCAUCGUGCCCCGGCCUGGACCCUUGCGCCUGUCAUGUUGUGCAGUUCGAGUCUAGCGGCACGUGUGGCGGUCAGGUGGUGGUAUAUACCUUGAUUACAUAAUCACCAGAACUCAUCAUUUGCA